GAUAACAUUAUUCUUUAUGAACUAUAUCAUUCACUAUAUUUUCAGUUACAAGUUGAGAAUUGUGUUUGCACUUUGUGUUAGCCGAAAAAUAAUACUUGAUUUUUUCAUAUCUUCCAAAUAAUUAGUAUGGAUUUCACUCCAUAAUUUCCAGUCAUUAGAAAAUAAAAUGAUCAUGAAAUAUUGUUUUCAUCCUGACCCUUGAGUUCUCUUUUAUGUUUAACAUUAACUAUAUACAUAAGGGUGUCAAUCGGGCUAAUCCGGUCUGGUACAAAAUCCACAAAGAUCAUAAAUAUCUAACCCUGGUUUAGUCCGGUCCGUGUUUUAAACCUCCGGUCGGCGCUAAAAGGGCUAUUAAGCUACUUGGGAUUUUCAGGUUUAAAAAAAAUCUGAUAUCCAAUGCUUUUUUUUUUGGUCAAAGAUAUACAAUGCGAAAAAAAAAGAUUCGUGAUCUAAACCCUAAACUAAGUAUCCGCAACUCAUAUCUCUAUCAUUAUAACCCUCGAAACUUCUUAUCCUCCUUUUACAAACCAAUCCUCUGAAACACAAGAAACGAGAGAUGAGGUACUGUUCGGAAAAAGCUCCAUCUGUGUCCAAAAGUAAUGAUGAGGGUUGUGAGGAUGAUAAGCCUUUGAGUGCCAGGGUUAAAGUUCAAAUGUCAUCGACGGUGCAGAUAAAGAUCAGCGUGUUUGCAUCAAGUAGCAAGAAGAGACCUUUGGUUGAUAAUAUCAAACGAAAUGGUUCAAAACCUAAAGGGCAGAGUUCUCAGUCACCUUCUAAGAGACAUCUUGAGAAGGGAAGUUCUUCGAAUCAAUCCUUUGUUAAGAGGCCUAAGCUUUUAGGUAACGCAGCUACUCCAGAUAUCAAAGGGAAGAAUCUAGACGCAUGCAAGCCUUUGAAAGUUAACCAAGCAACUGUUAGGGAAGAAAACUCAGAUGGUGAUGAUCAUCUCCCUAUUGCCUCAAGGAUGAGGUCAGGUUACUCAAAUAAUAAAUCAUCAUCCUCUAAGACAAAUGCUAGUAAGAUGAUAGCUUCUUCAUCCAGAAAGAUAGCUAAGAACAUAUGCGUGAAAGAUUCUAAAGCGUUACCUUUUAGAGAUGGGCAAAAGAAAUGGACAACACUAGUGCACAAUGGUGUUCUUUUUCCACCUCCAUAUAAAUGUCAUGGGGUUAAGAUACUGUAUCAGGGAAAGCCAGUUGACUUAACUCCUGAACAAGAAGAGGUUGCCACUAUGUUUGCAAAGAUGAGAGAAACGGAAUAUUACAACAAACCAUUGUUUAGAGAGAAUUUCUGGAAUGAUUGGAGGGAACUACUUGGAAAGGACCACGUGAUUAGAAACUUAGAUGAUUGUGAUUUCAGUCCCAUAUAUGAAUGGUAUAUGCAGGACAUUGAGAUAAGGAAACAAAUGAAUGCAGAAGAAAAAAGAAUUCUGAAGGAGGAGAAAUUAAAGCAGGGAGAGAAAUACAUGUGGGCAGUUCUUGAUGGCGUCAAAGAGAAGGCUGUAAAUUUCAGAGUUGAACCCCCAGGCUUGUUUCGUGCUCGGGGAGACCAUCCUAAGAUGGGGAAACUCAAAAAACGGAUUCGUCCUUGUGAUAUUACAAUCAACAUUGGUAAAGAUGCACCCAUUCCAGAAUGCCCUAUCCCUGGUGAAAGAUGGAAAGAAAUUAAGCAUGACACUACUGUCACAUGGCUUGCUUUCUGGAAUGAUCCCAUCAAUCCAAAAGUGUUCAAUUAUGCAUUCUUGGCAGCUAGCAGUGCGUUAAAGCGCCUUAGAGAAGCAUGCACCAAAGAUCUUAGUGACAAGGAUGCAACAAAACGGGAAACAGAGGCUACUACAUAUCUUAUAGAUAAGCUAUCCCUUAGAGCUGGAGACGAGAAGGUCACCAUCAUUUCUGACCAUGAUCAACGUACUGUCUCGGAAUCUAACGGACCACAAGCUGAGAGGCUGGCUGUGAAAAUAGAAGAACUAAGGGAGAAAAUAGAAGAGCUGGAUAUCGAUCUCGAUGGGACUGAGAAAGAAACUCCUGCAACUGAGUGGACGUCAGAUUUUUUUAUAGUUGAGCCGGUCAAAGGGACUGACAGCAAUGUUCCUGUUUUCACUGAGCCGGCUACUGAACUGGCUGAUGUGUUAGCCUCAGAAGUUCCUAAAGAAACUGCUAUCUCACCUGAGAAACUGGAGUGUGCAUGGAGGAGAAUGACUCAAUGGAUGCGGGUGAAAGGAUGAACUCAAUGGUGAUAAGGGAACCACCUCUGGAAACAGAAACUUUGCAGGAAAGUGAAUAUUCUGGUCCGAGUAGGUACUAGGUAGCAAAGGAGUACGGUUGGAGACUGUGGUAUCUGAUCUGUUAAUACUCUCUCUACUAUGUAGUUGUUAGAUUAAACAUUCGCUUAAUCAUGUCUCCAUUUUCUUCUCAAAACUGUAUGGUUUUAACUCCUUGCUUAGUUACUCUUUU